AUGUCAGUUGCUCACAGUCUUCUACAAUACAAAGAUUCCAAUGGGAAGGUCUAUGAAGGAGAUCUUUACGUUCCAAGGAAUCUAAAUAGUAGAAUUGAGUGUGGGUUAGAUUGUCUCUCGUCUCGAGUAAGAACAACUGGAAUGAGAAAACUGCCUGGCGUAGUUAUCUAUCCUGCAUUCCGCGGAAUCACGGAAUUCGAAAAAGAGAAAGCAAAGGCUCUUGCUCAGGAAGGAUACAUUGCUCUGGCAGCUGAUCCAUUUGGAAAAGGGAUUCGUCCAACGGAUAAGAUGGAAUGUCUCGGAAUGGUUCGUCCAUUGGUUUCUGAAAGAGUCAAGGGGCUGAAACCAGUGAUCAUCGCUGCAGUCAAUGCAAUCAAGACAGUUCAAGGCAUUGAUGUUCAGAAAAUUGGAGCAAUCGGCUUCUGCUUUGGAGGAACGUGUGUUCUGGAUCUUGCCAGAUACAAUAUUGGACUUAAAGCAGUUGUGUCUUAUCAUGGAACUCUGAAAGCAAUUCCAGAUAUUCCACUUGAUAAAAUCGUUGGAACUGCUAUUCAAGCUCAUCAUGGAGACGCAGAUACUCAUAUUCCAAAAGAGCAAGUUGAUGAAUUCCUCGUGGAAAUGAGAGCUAGAAACGCAGAUUUCGUUUUUGCGAAUGCGGAUUCGUUCGGACUUCCUGGAGUCAAAUACAACGAGAAGGCAGCGAAACGAUCAUGGAGUGCAACUCUGUCGCUGUUCAAAGAAGUAUUCUAA